ACACGUCAACAAACGUCAUUUCCGCACAUGCGCAGUCAGAUUGAUCCGCUUGCUAAACAACGGUCGCAGGAGAGAGAAAAGGGAGCAAAUAUAUCAAAGUGUUCGCCGUCAGAGGGCAAGAAAAUGUGUCAGUUGUGUUGACAAAUAUAUCAACAACAAGUGUGUGGCGACGACGCGGUGAAAGAAGCAACGUUUGAACCCGGACCUACGAGCCGUUUCGCCGGAGUGUGAAGGAAGGAAGAGUCGAGUCACCGACAGAAAAACAUCCCGAGUGAGACCAUGAAUCCUGAAUACGACUAUCUGUUCAAGCUCCUGCUGAUUGGCGACUCUGGAGUAGGCAAGUCCUGUCUGUUGCUUCGCUUUGCCGAUGACACCUACACUGAGAGCUACAUCAGUACCAUCGGAGUGGACUUUAAGAUUCGAACUAUUGAACUGGAUGGCAAGACCAUUAAACUGCAGAUUUGGGACACCGCAGGCCAGGAGAGAUUUCGUACCAUCACCUCCAGCUACUACCGCGGCGCCCACGGCAUCAUUGUCGUCUACGACGUGACAGACCAGGAGUCCUACAGCAAUGUCAAGCAGUGGCUCCAGGAAAUAGAUCGCUACGCCAGUGAGAACGUCAACAAGCUCCUGGUGGGCAACAAGUGUGAUCUGACCACCAAGAAAGUUGUGGACUAUACCACAGCAAAGGAGUUUGCCGACUCUUUGUCCAUCCCCUUCCUGGAGACCAGCGCCAAGAACGCCACCAACGUGGAACAGGCCUUCAUGACCAUGGCUGCCGAGAUCAAGAAGCGCACGGGACCCGGGGCCACGGCCGGCGGCGACAAGCCCAAUCUAAAGAUUGAGAGCACGCCCGUCAGGCAGACUGGAGGCGGCUGCUGCUAAGGCGGCCAUUGAUCACCUCCUCCACCACUCCCUUGAGAUCCUCCUCUGGCUUUCUUUUCACUCCCACGCCUCACCGUCUCCCGUCUCUCCAUAGAGCUCCCACCUACCAGCAGGUCAGACAGGAGGCAGUAAGCAAUGACAGGAAGAUGCAGACAUUUCCAUUCAUUUGAAUCUCAACAGGUUUGUCACAAGCUCACGUUUGCACACACACACACACACACACACACACACACACACACACACACACACACACACACACACACACACACACACACACACACUCACACUCAGUCUAAUGCUUUUUUAAUGGCUGUCUUCAAAUCUUAAAGGUCUGCAAGUAUAAAAGGACGAUCGUCCACUCGCAUUCCUUGACCUUGUGAAAUACUAAGCAUCCUCAGUCUUCUGCGUCUCCUCUGCACACCUUCUUUUUUUUUAGUGUUUCAAAAUACUUUCUUAUAAGUUAAAAAAAAAAAAGUAGACACUGUACUUGCGUGCCCAGAUUUCAGAAGUGCCUGGUGACUGCGGGGGGUGGUGGAUUAAAUAUCAACACAGAGGUUGUCUUUGGUCAAUAAUUGCUUGUCGGCAGCUCGCUUAUUUCCGCCUGGAGGGAGGCGGGGCUUACGGUUCUUUUCCGCUUGUCCUACAAAUGAUGGACUUCUUCAAGAGCUGCGGCACGAUGCUGCGUCACCUUGAUGCUCUUUCCUGCUGCUUCUGACUAACAACAAGCCUUGUGUUUUAUUCCUAAGGCUUUGUAUCGACUUGCAAGAGAAUAAUUAGAAUUGUUUUGAGUUCUCAUGUCUGAAGUGAAGCUGUCUGAUUUACCUCCCGAUCAUGUUAGCUUGCUCAAGCGGGUUUAGGGCGUCAUCUUUUGGCUAUAUUCCUCCCUUCAGACCUGUUGGUGUGUCUGGAGCGCGUGGAGGUUUCAGGGACUGACUGGUCUUGGUUUCCAGACCGGGUAUGACCUCCCUGGCUGCAACUUAGUAGAAAACAUCUCAAUGGAAUCAGUGUCAGGUGUGUUGGGGGGUAGGAAGUGUGUGUUUUUGUUGUUGGCUGGAGCAGGACCAGGGUGCAACAUUCCUCAUGGAUUUGGACACAUCUCCAGCAGAUGCUUGACUUCAAUAUAUCUAUACUGGAUGUUUGUGCUUUCAUGACUGAUGCAUUUAUUUAACCUUGCUAUUCUACUGAUUUUUAACGUGUUUAUUAACGAAAUACUGUGCCGUGUAGUCCACUGUGUGGGGUGUAGAUAAACAUGAAUUUCUUCUUUCACACAUGGCUUGAUGGAGAUGACUUACCUUUUUUUGGCUUAUUUAAAAAAGAAAAAGCACUAGCGGUGAAUGAAGACACACACACACACACACACACACACACACACAUACAUGCACACUGGGCACCUGUUAGUCACUUUCUGUCUUUUGAGUUUUGCUUGUUCACGUUGGUGCUGUCGUUUGUCUGUACAUAUUAUAAAUAUCUAUAUAAUAAAAUGAUAAAAAUGGUCAACAAUGAAA